AGGGACCGCUUAUGGCAAGCGUGUACUUUGUGGACUAUGGGCUCUACGGCAUGAUGGUACCAUCAGAGCUGCAGCCACUGUGGCAGCGUUUCAGACGCCUGCCAGUGCAGGCCAUUCACGCAUCCCUCGCAGGUGUGGAGCCUUUGCAUAAAGAGUGGACUCCAAAGGAGUGCAUCACCUUCCGUGAGAUAGUAAAUGGCAAGAUCUUUGUGGCACGCGUUGUGGGCAAGAGGCCAGACACCACGACAGGUGUUCAUGAUGCCGAGCACCUUGUCGUGAAUCUCGUCGACACUGCCCCUGAAGGCGACAUUUUCGUCGAAGAAGUGUUUGCGGAGCGUUGUGCCUUACUUUGAACGUUGACUGGUGGGCCUUACUUCGUUCCCCUUUUGCACAAUUUUUUUUUCUGUCAUUGACCCUGUGACAUUUUUUUAUUCUCUUUUCUGAACCGGUGAAAAGUGACAAUAUUUUUUCUUUGUCAUUUUCCCUGUGACAAUUUUUUAAAAUUCUCCUUUCUGAACCGGUGAAAAGUGACAAAAGAGUGCGUGUGCCUAUAUUUUUUUGUUGUGUGUUUUUACUACUACCUCAUUACUGCUUGUUGCUAACGUACAAAAUACGUCAGCAUAUAAGUAGAAUAUAAAAAAUCAUUGCAGUUUUAUCUCCUCAAUGUACACACUAUGCAUCACAAAAAAUAUGGCUAUCAGCAUUGUUGCUGCUCUACAUUUGUCGGGUGGUCCAGUAUUGUGAAAAUGGUAAUACGCUUGCGGACAAUAUAAGACUCCACAGCGAUAUUUGCGCAAUCGUGCGGAGGCUUUUUAUUGAUGUUUUUGUACGUAGAUGGCAACCUGCUAGCUGGUCGGCAAGUAGAGCAGCGAGACCUAUCAAUUGCAAAGUGUCGAGCAAAAACUACUGACAGCGCAGCGUAUAAAGAGCUGUCAUGUUAAACAGCUAACAAAUCCCAAUAAGUUGUUUCGGAAUGAAACUAAUAUACAAUGAGCAAGAAAGACAGACAUCUUGGGAUACAAACAAAUAUUUCGUUAAA